GAAGCUUUAAUUUAACCACUGCCAUAUACAAUUCAAGAUUUGACUUUACAGAGAGAUUUAGAGAGAGAGACAUGGCGACGGAAACUGAAGUGGUGACUCCGGUGAUGAUCAACGGUGGAGACAAAGGAUGUUGCAAGUACGGUGGUCCUGGUUACGCUACGCCUCUUGCAGCUAUGUCCGGUCCUCGUGAAAAACUCAUCUAUGUCACUUCCGUCUACACUGGAACUGGAAUAGAUAAACCGGAUUAUUUGGCGACGGUGGAUGUGGAUCCAAGCUCGCCGUCGUAUUCAAGUGUGAUUCAUAGAUUACCAAUGCCUUUUGUUGGAGAUGAGCUUCAUCACUCUGGUUGGAACUCUUGUAGUUCUUGUCAUGGUGAUGCUUCUGCUGAUAGACGUUUUCUUGUCUUACCAUCUCUUAUGUCUGGUCGCAUUUAUGCGAUUGACACUAAAGAAAACCCGAAGGCUCCGUCUUUGUAUAAGUAUGUAGAUCCUAAAGAGAUUGCUGAUAAGACCGGAUUGGCGUUUCCACAUACGGCUCAUUGUCUUGCUUCCGGGGAGAUCUUGGUGUCUUGUCUUGGAGAUGAAGAGGGGAACGCUAAGGGGAAUGGGUUUCUUCUUCUUGAUUCUGAUUUUAACAUCAAGAAUAGGUGGGAGAAACCAGGACAUAGUCCUUUGUAUGGGUAUGAUUUUUGGUACCAACCUCGGCACAAGACAAUGAUCAGCACAUCUUGGGGAGCACCUAAAGCCUUCUCCACAGGCUUUGAUCUCCAGCAUGUUGCUGAUGGAUUGUAUGGAAGUCAUCUACAUGUUUAUAGUUGGCCAGGAGGUGAAAUGAAACAAUUGAUUGACCUUGGACCGACUGGUCUAUUACCUUUGGAGAUUAGAUUCUUGCAUGAACCGUCUAAAGAUACAGGGUUUGUUGGGAGUGCCUUGUCAAGUAAUAUGAUCAGAUUUUUCAAGAACAGUGAUGAAACAUGGAGUCAUGAGGUGGUUAUAUCAGUUAAACCUCUGAAAGUAGAAAACUGGAUUCUUCCAGAAAUGCCGGGGCUUAUCACCGACUUCUUGAUCUCUCUCGAUGACCGAUUUAUCUACUUUGUGAACUGGCUCCAUGGAGAUGUUCGUCAGUACAACAUCGAAGACCCCAAAAACCCUGUCUUAACAGGACAAAUUUGGGUAGGAGGGUUACUACAAAAGGGCAGUCCUGUUAAGGCGGUUGGAGAAGACGGCAACACUUUCCAGUAUGAUGUUCCUCAGAUCAAGGGGAACUCUCUACGAGGAGGACCUCAAAUGAUCCAGCUGAGCCUCGACGGGAAACGAUUGUAUGCAACAAACUCGCUGUUUAGCGCAUGGGAUCGUCAGUUUUACCCGGAGAUCAUGGAGAAAGGCUCACACAUAAUUCAGAUUGAUGUUGAUACAGACAAAGGUGGUCUCACCUUAAACCCUGACUUCUUUGUAGACUUUGGUACUGAACCAGACGGUCCUGCGCUUGCUCACGAGAUGAGAUAUCCAGGAGGAGACUGCACUUCAGAUAUCUGGAUUUGAAUCAGGCUUGUUUUAAAGAUUGUGUGUUUGUGGUAAGUCUGAAGUGAGUUUGAUUAGUUUGUUGUGUGUUCUGUAAAGUUGAAUAAAAAAGGAAUAAGAAGAGGUCAUUAGAUGAUCCAGAUAUAAUAAACACUUUGUUUGUACACUUAUUAGUCUCCUUGUGUCUUAUGCUUUGAUAUAAAACUUUCUACAUUUCUAGUUAACACUCUCUUCUGUU